UGAAACAGAAAUCAAAAUCAAACAGUAGUGGUAAGGUGGCAGUCGUAACGGCAAGUCACAGUUACUUACUAAGUGCACAACACGCGCGCAACACAAGCAGUUCAUCUUCGACUGGCGUCUUUACAUUUUUUUACAUUCUUUUGAUCAGUGACAUUCUCGAAGGACCAUCGCGGUUCCUCACCUGUUUUUACUACAUAUUAUCAACCUUCAGUGAAAAUAUCUAGUGAUCAUCUAUGCAGUGUAAUCAAAGAUUGGAUAUUAACUAAAUCUUCAACGUCACCCUGGACAGGAUUUAUUUUAACUACGGAAAUAUGAAAUUGGUACCGGGCCCACUUCCACCUAUACCCACAGGUGCAGGCAUGGAUCGUCUUCCAUUGCCGCUUCCGUUCAGCCCAGACUUAUUGUGGCGGUAUCCGCUGAGCUUUCCCCUGCAUCAUCAGCAACCCCCAUCAUCGCCACUGAUGGAUUAUAAAAGCCAAUUGCCGUCGAGCCUGGCCUCCGAUCCUAGGAUAUGGUCUCGCGAUGACGUCAUCUCCUUCUUGCGUUGGUCGGAGAGGGAAUUCGAUUUGCAGCCGUUUGACAUGGACAUGUUUCAAAUGAAUGGAAAAGCAAUUAGCCUAUUAACGAGGACCGACUUAUCGGAACGUGCUCCAGGAUCCGGAGACGUGUUGCACAACGUAUUGCAAUUGUUAAUACGCGAGGCUAACAACAUGCAACGUGUCCUACCGUCCAGCCCUGUAACUCCCACAUCUCGUCACCCCUAUCCUCUUUCACCGCAUUCGCACCCACCUACCCCAAACUGGAGUCUUCUGCAAAACACUAAUGAAGCCUUCCAUCCACACGCCGCCCAAAUAGCCGCACAUAUCAUGGCUCAAAGUAAUUCUGUCACCCUGAGCCCGGCGCCGUCGGUGGACAGCCAGGCAGGUGGUAGUCCUCAGCACGCGGAAAACAACGCACCGCCCCAUCUCUUCACCCAUUCCAUCUUCGGUGGCAGCAGUGGAGGCAGCAACGGAAGUGGAAGCAAUCAAUCUGAUUCGGACGAAGAUUAUAGCGACAAAAUGGGCCAGAACAUGAGCCCCCCAAACACGCCGAGUGCCUACUCGCUGAUGCACCCCAACAUCCCACACUUCGCGCCCAGAAGCCCGAAAGAAGUUAAACGCGAAUUCUUCCCCAAUGAAUCUCCGGAACCCAACACAAAUGGCCGCCUUUUGUGGGAUUUCCUUCAACAGCUUUUGAAUGACCCCAGCCAGAGGUACACGAAUUACAUCGCAUGGAAGAAUCAUGAAACCGGCGUAUUCAAAAUCGUUGAUCCCGCCGGUCUCGCUAAACUCUGGGGAAUUCAAAAGAAUCAUCUUUCGAUGAACUACGAUAAGAUGUCUCGAGCUCUCAGAUAUUACUACAGAGUUAAUAUCCUCAGAAAAGUCCAAGGCGAAAGACAUUGCUACCAAUUCUUGAGGAAUCCUACGGAACUGAAGAAUAUAAAAAAUAUUUCAUUGUUGAGACAACAAAUGUCGCCGACGCGUCCAUCUCCAAUGACACAUCAAGUUGCACCGCAGCAGCAGCAACAACACCCGCAAGUGAAACCGGAACCCGUUCAACUCAAGCAGGAAUCCCCCGCGCACAGCGAACCCAUAAAACCGGAGCCCAUCGAGAGUGAAAUAAAUGUGCAUAGCAAUAUUCCCGCACACAGUGUUUCCGUGCACAGUAAUAUGAAUAUGCACAAUAACACCCGUGUCUACGAAGAUAAACCCACAGACUUGAGUAUGGAAGGACCUACGGACUUGAGCAUAAGCAGUAAUCAUGUGAAUAUUGUAUGCUCACCGGACACGCCGAACCUCCGUGAGCCGAUGAACUACUACAUGAAGGAUGACGAAAAGUGAUAUUCCUUAGUGAUUUAACUGCAAUGACAUUCUGUAAUUUAUAUUUUCGCGUGCAUUAUUCGAGUAUGGAACGAAGCAAGUGACUAUAGCGGUGCCAAUUAUUAAUUUUAUUAAUUUUCUAGAAUAUAUUUUAUUAUAAUUAUUCUAAACACACACAUACAUAUAUAUAUAUACAUACAUAAGGUAAUUUGUGCAGUAGCAAUUAUUCACAUACAUCUUCCAUGAAUGAUAAAUAGUAAAAGCUAUUUAUUCAUUUAUUGCAACUAUGUGCCAAAUGAGAAAUAAAAAAAAAGAUUUUAAUAUUUUUUUUUUGUCAGCACAAAUUAUAACCGUAGGUAAUGCCGGCGAUUACCUUUGCAGCUUUAAUUAUUUUUGUUAAUUAAUUUUAAAUCACACUAUUGUGAUCGUAGAUAAAAUUUAGUAGAAAUUUGGAGACAAUAAUUACAAAUUUAUAUAUAUAUAUAUAAUUAUAAAUAUAUGAAGAUUUAUAGUAGAAAGAGAUAGACUGGAAUUGAAGGAAAAACAAACGAGAAGAAAACAAAAAUGUUAUUUGGGUCCACGAAAAUUUGAAUAUUUUGUAUAAGAAUCACAUUCCAAUUGUUAGAGAGAGAAGAAAAAAAUAAUGAAAUUGUGACGAAACCUUUAAAACGCGAUAUAAAAGAAAUCAUAUUUUUAGAAGAAAUUUAAACAUAUUAAAAAUUUAAAGAGAGAGAUUGUUAUAUUUAUAUAUA